GCGCUCAGUCCCCUGCGGAGCAGAGGGGGCACCCGGCACGCGGCCACGUGGUUCUCUACCCGGGGCGACGGACGCGAAGUCUCGGGGCGGGCAGCAGUCGCGAAGGCGGCGGCGCUCCUCGUAUCUCGUCUCGUCUCUCACUCCGCUCCCUCGUCUCGUGCUUCCCCACCCCCCACCUCGUCUCCAUGCUCCCUCCCCCUCGCUAUCUCCACCCCUGCACCACCACCACCCCCCACGCCGGGCGAUAAAACGCGAGGCAUCGAAGCGUCAACGCCGAGACUCCGCCCUUCGUGAAGGACCGCUUCGCCCUCUCGCCGCAUCGGCACCACGACCACCAACAACCAUCGCUUACCUGGGUACCGCUUGCCCGCACCAUCGCCACACACCCAGCAAGCACUCCCGAUAUAUCGAAUCGCCUUCGUCGUUGUCAGCAGCACCAUCGCUAAAAGCACCGCCGCCGAAGUUGCCAGGGGAGGGAGUAUCAUCCCCUUCUCACCUCGAAUCUCAGAGCUCUCCUCUCUCUCUCUCACCUGUCCUGUGCAGCAAGGCAAUGCAGUCGCUGUGGGUGGCCGAUCGUCGCACGGCCGCUGCGGUGCUGGCGGGCACCGUGGCCCUGGCCUGUGCAGGCCAUGGACUCGUGCGUCUGCUGAGGGCCCGGGGCCCCGAGAACGUGUACGAAAGCCCGCGCCUGCUUGCCGAGUACUUGCACUUCCACUACGCGCAGGGGAGCGAGGCGCUGCCGCACGAGGGGGGGCCCCGCGAUGCCCUCGACUUCCCCGCCAGGUGCGCCCACCUGUGCAUAGAGCAGAGCCUGGGCCCCGAGGCUGCUGUACCGAGCCGGGCCCUGGACGUGGGCUGCGCCGUGGGCCGGAGCACGUUUGAGCUGACGCGACGAUUCCAGUCGGUGCUCGGCGUGGACCUGAGCCAGGGGUUCGUGCGUGCGAGCGAGAAACUCCAGGAUGCUGGCUCCAUGCGCUACAGCGCCACUGAGGAAGGGGACCUCUGCAUCGACAUGGUUGCACGCGUGCCUCCCGACAUCGACCGCGGUCGCUGCUCAUUCAUGCAAGCCGACGCCUGCGCCCUCCCCCGCGAUCUGGGGACUUUUGGCUGCGUACUGGCGGCCAACCUGCUGUGCCGCCUGCCUGACCCAAUGGCCUUCUUGAACCGCGUGCCUGGGCUGGUGGCGCCGGGAGGAGUCCUGGUCAUCACGGCGCCGUACACCUGGCUGGAAAGCUUCACCCCAAAGUCGGCGUGGCUGGGUGGCUACACUGAUGCGUCGGGCAAGCCAGUGCGUGGCGCAGAGACGCUCAAGCGGGUUCUGUCCCCAGACUUCACGCUCCUUUGGGAGGGCGACCUGCCCUUCCUGCUGCGGGAGACGGCACGCAAGCACCAGUGGACCGCGGCCCACGCCACUGCUUGGAGGAGAAAGGGGUAGCGUUGCUUGCGGUCAGAUGUUAAUAUGGGUUCCAGACUUGUGGGUGUCAUGGUGAUACGUUUUUGCUGAUACAAGAAUAAUAAUAAAUGGUUAUACAUUGUGCAUGAAAAUUAUUGAGAAUGGAAUGGACAAUUUAGAGGACAACCAAGCAAGUGGGUAUGCCCGAUUCAUUAAUUAUUCGACCGUCGACAACGUUUUUUCAGAUUAUGAGAAGUGCUCAAACACGCUUGGAGAGGUAGAGACAGAAAGAACAACAUUUGGAUUGGAGAAUAACUGCAAGUUAAAAACAUAUUGAUGAAAAGCUAGUGGGCCUGGCCAUGAUACAUCGCUAGAAGGAAUGAUGGCCAAUGGUAAAGAAUGAUGGAGUGCCAACCAAAGGAGGGGACACGUCUGAAAGUACGACCGCCACAAUGGAGGGAUGAGUUGUGUGUGUGCCAAAGCUAGAAGCUAGAUGGAUUUUUGCACCACGAGACCAUGAUGGAUCAUGGUAAUGACUUGCGGGGACCUUCAUCCAGCAGUGGAUAGGUCAUGGCUGAUGAUGACCAAGUUCUGAGAAUAAGCUUAUUCAUUCAGGAAUGUAAGUACAUUUAUAAACGUGCAACUCUUAUGAUCUUGGUUAUCGCGAGUGCUUGGGAAGGAAAGCCAUACUAAUUCGUAGGAGUGUUUUUCACAAGGGUCCUGCAUUGAGUUUUUAUUUUAAGAUGUUUUUUCAGCCAAUUGAGUAUUAUACAUGUGGGAGGAAGCCAGAGCCCUGGGAUAAAACCUCGCACGUGGGGAGGGGGGGGCAACACUAUCCCCAUACAGAUGGAAACAGAUGGUGAAUAGUCCAAUUGCUGUACUGCCUUGUGGCACUUUCUCACAGGGAGUUUCACAACUUUUGUGCAAUCAACUAACCCUUGCCUCCACAGGCGUGCUCGACCAACUGCCCAGCUCAAGGAGGCACGCUUUUUAUUUUGAAAUACUGUUUGGUAAAAUCUAAAUGCUGAACGCACGACGUUUACCAUGAAGUGGGAGAAAAUGUACGAGUGUUUAAAGUCCGUGGAAGCCAAGUGAAGUGGGCUUAAGCAUUUCUAUGUCAAUAUGCAGCACCGACGGGUAUCUCCACGACCCAUUUGUUCCAACCCAUGCCGUAUCUCGCCAGGAGCACCACUGCUGCCUUAAAGCCACUCUGGUCUGAGUAAGAGUGGUGACCUUGUCGUGCUUUUAUGUAUGUUGAGCACAGGGAAACCAUCCGAUGCUUUCCCAUCAAUGGUCAGAGCUCUAUGCAAUCUUUAGCAUGGACUCCAGUUAUAAUGUAUACAGCUAAAUGCGCUAUUGUAAACUUCUCCCUAAAAGGGAACCACAAAAAUAAGUUUAUGAAUAAAAGCUACAAAAAAAGUCCAA